AUGUCAUUUGCUGUAGGUAACAUAGAGGUCGGCCUGCUGCAGUAUCUUCUCUUCGGCAGUCUCAUCGCCGCGGUGGACCCUGUAGCCGUCAUUGCCGUGCUCGAGCAGGUCCAUGUCAACGAGGUCCUCUUCAUUAUGGUGUUUGGAGAGUCGUUGCUCAACGAUGGCGUGACAGUGGUGCUCUUCAAUGUAUUUGAUGCGUUCGUAUCAUUGGGAGGACCCGCAAUUAAUGCUGCAGAGAUAGUUAAAGGAAUAGUGUCUUUCUUUGUCGUGGCUUUCGGUGGUUCCCUCAUGGGUUUUGUUUUUGGCCUGCUGAUCUCUAUUCUGACCAAUCCUGAAACCAACAGGGACUGUAAGGCUGUGUGGGGAUUAUAAGCUCACCGUAAAUAAUGUGGCUUCUUUGGAACAGUAUCCGAUACCAAAAAUGGAGGACCUGUUUGGAAAGCUUUCAGGAGGAAAGCAGUUCUCCAAAUUGGAUAUGAGCCAUGCUUACCAGCAGAUUCUCCUGGAUGAUGAAUCAAAAAAAGUAUGUGACAGUAAACACAUCACGUGGACUCUUCACGUACAACAGACUGCCUUUUGGAGUGUCGUCUGCUCCAGCCAUAUUUCAGAGGACUAUGGAAAGCCUGUUAAAAGGGAUACCUCAAGUAGCAGUGUAUCUAGAUGAUAUCUUGGUGAGUGGAGUGAAUGAGGCAAACCACCUGCAGAACCUUGAUGAGGUGUUGACCAGGUUGGAGGAAGCGGGGUUGCGGCUAAAAAGAAGCAAGUGUGCCUUAAUGCAAGAAAAAGUGGAAUAUUUGGGGCAUGUAGUGGAUGCACAGGGGCUCCACCCAGUGGAGAAGAAAGUUAAAGACAUCAUGGAUGCACCUACUCCCACAAAUGUCACUGAACUAAAAGCAUACUUCGGUUUGCUAAAUUACUAUAACAAAUUCCUUCCCAACCUGGCAACCCUGUUGGCACCCCUGCAUGAACUUUUGAGACAUGAGGUACGCUGGACAUGGAAAAAGGAACAACAGGAAGCUUUUGAAAAAUCUAAGAACCUGUUGAACUCAGCAGAAGUGUUAGUUCAUUAUUCGGCUGACCGAGAGUUAGUGCUCUCAUGUGAUGCAUCACCGUACAGCGUAGGAGCCGUAUUGUCACACAAGAUGGAUGAUGGAAGUGAAAGACUUCUGGGGUUCAUGUCACGCACACUCUCUCCUGCGGAGACAAAGAAGGCUUAGCUGUCAUAU